GCGCAAUAGUACAUGAAGAAGGGUGUACUUUCAUGGAUUCUGUUGUAUAGUCUUGUCCGAGGUGUGGUGUAUUUUGAGUUUUUACUGGCUGAAAAUAUUAACUCAGGUGACCUACUACUGGACUAGUCUACAGACAAACCAAGCAUGGAGAGUCUGAAGAGGAAAGUCUUGCAGACCCGACAAGAGAUCGAGAAGGCUGAUAUCAAAGAAAAAUAUUUCAGAAAGUUGUUGAGACGCCAAGGAGAAAGAGCAACUCUAGCUGAAAUGGAAGCGGAUGGACUGAAAAAUCGCAUAAAAGAGAUAGAAUCACAAAUUGCUAAGAUAAAUGAUAAAACCUAUCAAAUAUCAUUAGGYGUACAAGCAAAAAACCUUGAAGCAGAUGAUAGUGAGAAAGAUAGAAAAGGAAUGGAAUCCAAGGAGUUUGAGCAUAGUGAUCAAAUUGCUCUACUAGAGGAUAGAGUUGCUGAUGUGGUWAGAAUUGUUGAAGAGAAAGAGAUCAAGUUGGAGGAGGCAAAGUUUAGAUUCAAUGAGAGCAAAGCAAACUUACAGGCUGCYGUUGAAAGAGCUGAAACAAAUGAAAAUAAGAUYGUUGCUCUUGARGAUGAAGUUCAUUCCACUUGUAAAGCACUCUAUACUUUUGAAAGAAAAACAGAACGACGAUUCAAAAAGAAUGAUUACUUGGAGGAUAAAAUCGAAGAUCUUGAUUUGCGCCGUAGAAAUGCCAUCCUGCGUGCAGAUGAUUCGCAACGAGAGGCUAAAAGGCUUCAAAUGCAGGCUGAUAAACUAUCAGAAUCAUUAUCACGUGAAAAGAAAAGAGUAGCUUUCCUAAAGAGAGAGUUGGAAGAUGCUCAAGCAGAUUUGAACAUUGCUAGGAAUUGAGUCGACAACAAGUGUUAUGCAAGUACACUUAUGACAAAUGUAUAAAGAUAUUGUAAGACAACAUCAGUUGUGAUAUGAUAGACAUUAAAAUACUAUCAAUGAUAUAAUUAUCAUUAAUAUAGUCAGCAGUAGGUACAGUAUUAUAUAUUUGUCAUUGUAAAGUAUUCAUUUAAACUUGAUGCACACUAAGUGUUACCUCUAAACCUCUGAACUAGUUGCAUCACUAAAAAAAUUGAAACGGAUUUGGAAAACUAAAUUCUUUCUUUCUGUACUGUAAAAAAGAAGCCAAUCUGUAAGGCUGAAAAUCUCAAAGGCGAAUUGAUGGUUUUCAACCAUUCCCAUGAGAGUGAUCAAAACAAAAAGGUCCACCAGUCACGGUGGUGGUUUUCUUUUGUCAGGUCCACCAGCAAUGGCGGACAUCUUUUGUUUAACUUUCUCUCCUGGGAAUGGUUGAAAACCAUCAAUAGUCAGUUAAUUCAGUCAUUUCACAGUUUAGAAUCUCUUGGAUUCUAUAAUGUAGAUCCCUUGCAUGUAAAGUCUUUGUCUGGAGGACAAAACAAAAGAUUUUUGCUCUCUUGGGAACUAGAAUCCAUAGCAUUCMCAUGAACUGCAAGGGGUCUUCUCACCACUCACUCAGGCUCACUGAUCACAAACAAAGCAUUGACAUGAGGAAUUAAGGAACACAGACCUUGUGUGCUUUGUGUAUUGUUACACCUUGGUUUGAUGCUUUUUUAUUGGCUACUGAACCUAAGUAUGGAAUAUUGUGAAUGCUGUAAUUUGCAUUAAUAUUCUAUAGAUCUGGACAUCAGUUGCAGCAUGCAACAUUAGCAAUYGAUACAGAUUUUUUGUUGGUAACUGAAAGAAAAACUAAAACCCAAGGUGAAUCAAAAACAUCUUAAUUGUUUGAGAGGAGUGAGGUAAUCAAAAAAGUAAUCAAACUUUUUGAUUAUUGUUAUCAUUUUGAUGUGAUGUGGCGUGACGUGACAGAUUUUUUUAUUGCACCUAAACAACAAUGAUAAAAUACUGUAGUUUAAAAUUUAAGGGAUUUUUGAAAUUCUAAAAUGAUUUGCAGGGAAUGAGUGUCACUUCAAUAAAUUUGGGAAGACCACUUGCAUAUAUUUGAUAAAAUUGUUUUUUUUUAUUAUUUAGGAAUUUUAACAAUUGUACUUAUAAAAUAUUUUUGUUUUGCAAAAGUAUUCUGUGCUGUUUAUUAUUUUAGAUAACUGUAUUCUACUAAAGCAAUAAAAUCGACAUGUCAGU